CAGCGAACCGCGGCUGCGUGGGCGGCCCGCGGCGGCCCACGCGGCCGCGUGCAGGGGCCACGCCGCCGCCUGAUGCGAGAGCUCCCGAAGAGACGGGAGAGCGACGGAGCGAGAGAGACAGAGGGAGGGGGAGAGAGCUGAACUCUCGUCUCGUCCGGCACCGGCAUCAGCAGCGGCAGUAACAGCAUGCGUCCGCCUGCUGGUAGACGUAAUCAAGAGUUUACUGCUACCGAGUAGACAGUGGACGCAGCGAGAGAGAGGGAGGGGGGGGAGAGCCUUCUGUCUGACGGCGAGCAUGGCUAAGAAUUGUGACGUGAAGCUGGCUGUGAUGGGGAGAGCUGGCGUCGGAAAGUCCGCGUUGGUGGUGCGGUUUCUAACUAAGAGAUUUAUCUGGGAAUAUGAUCCUACUCUGGAGUCCACCUACCGACACCAAGCAAUAAUUGACGAGGAACCAGUGACCAUGGAGAUCCUGGACACGGCUGGGCAGGAUGAUUCUGGACAGAGGGAAGGCUACGUGCGCUGGGGGGACACCUUCCUGCUGGUCUACGACACCACGGACAGAUGCAGCUUCGACGAGAUUGCCCAGAUUAAGGCUCAGAUUGAUGAAAUCAAGAAGCCACAGAUUGUGCACACAGUGCUCCUGGGAAACAAGAUCGACUUGGAUCAUGCACGACAGGUGAGCGUGGAGGAUGGCGAGCGCCUGGCGGUGGAGCUCGGCUGCGCCUUCUUCGAGUGCUCGGCGUGCAACGGCGACGGCUGCAUCAGCGACGCCUUCUACGACGUCUGCCGCGAGAAGCUCCGGCAGCGCGCGGCGCAGGGCAAGGCGCGUCGUCGCAGCUCCACCACGCACGUUAAGCAAGCCUUCAACAAGAUGCUCACCAAGAUAAGCAGCUAAGCCGGAGGCUUCCGCCGCCGCGGGCCUUGUCGGCAAUCGGCAUCCGUGUUCGUGGGGUGUGCCGGAGUUGAUGGUUGACCGAGAUCUGUAAUCCGUGGCGUUGAAUUGGAAUGUACGUAUGUUGAGCUUCUUUUGCACCGUACGUUGCCAACCGUGCGAAUCGGUAGGUGCGGGAGUUAAUCGGUAGGUGCGGGAGAUAAUCGGUAGGUGCGCGAGAUAAUCGGUAGGUGCGGGAGAUAAUCGGUAGGUGCAGGAGAUAAUCGGUAGGUGCGGGAGAUAAUCGGUAGGUGCGGGAGUUAAUCGGUAGGUGCAGGAGAUAAUCGGUAGGUGCGGGAGAUAAUCGGUAGGUGCAGGAGAUAAUCGGUAGGUGCGGGAGAUAAUCGGUAGGUGCGGGAGAUAAUCGGUAGGUGCGGGAGUUAAUCGGUAGGUGCGGGAGUUAAUCGGUAGGUGUGGGAGUUAAUCGGUAGGUGCGGGAGAUAAUCGGUAGGUGCGGGAGUUAAUCGGUAGGUGCGGGAGUUAAUCGGUAGGUGCGGGAGAUAAUCGGUAGGUGCAGGAGAUAAUCGGUAGGUGCGGGAGAUGAUCGGUAGGUGCGGGAGAUAAUCGGUAGGUGCGGGAGUUAAUCGGUAGGUGCGGGAGUUAAUCGGUAGGUGUGGGAGCUAAUUGGCAGGUGCGGGAGUUAAUCGGUAGGUGCGGGAGAUAAUCGGUAGGUGUGGGAGCUAAUUGGCAGGUGCGGGAGUUAAUCGGUAGGUGCGGGAGUUAAUCGGUAGGUGCGGGAGAUAAUCGGUAGGUGUGGGAGUUAAUCGGUAGGUGCGGGAGUUAAUCGGUAGGUGCGGGAGAUAAUCGGUAGGUGUGGGAGUUAAUCGGUAGGUGCGGGAGAUAAUCGGUAGGUGCGGGAGAUAAUCGGUAGGUGCGGGAGUUAAUCGGUAGGUGUGGGAGAUAAUCGGUAGGUGCGGGAGAUAAUCGGUAGGUGCGGGAGCUAAUUGGCAGGUGCGGGAGCUAAUUGGCAGGUGCGGGAGCUAAAUUGGAGGAUACCGCACGGUGUUGAUAUUCCUCGGCUGACUGAAAGAGGAAGCGGUGGUGGCCCAACCAGCGUCAUCCCAUAUGCACUGGAGCAUUGCUUUGGCAUGCAUUCCGCAGCAGCUAAUGUUGUUGCAAAUUCCUUCAAUGAGAAAUGGCAUUAAAAAAAAACGUUAUUGUAUUUAUUUAAGGAGAGCUUUUAUGAAUGAACAUUAUAGUAAGUAUAAUUUUAUUGUAAAUGUUAUAUGUCAAUUUAACUGGUAAUUUGAUCAUUACAAAUAUAUAUUCGUUUUGGCAUAGCGUUUAAACUCUUAAAAAUAAUUCAAAUUAUUUUUUGAAUAAGCUGAAAGAGUCGAAGUGUUUUACUUGGGGAGCUUCUAGGGGGUUGGGGAUAUUUCCAGACGACCGUUACUUAGAUUAUUUACCAAGAACGGUACAAUUCCAGAAACGUGUAAUGUACUCAGAAAUUAACACCUGCAUUGUUUAAAAGGGGUAUUUCGUGGAAACAAAGAAUGCUGAAUGCUUAUAUUCAAAACGUGCAUUAUUCAAUAAAGCAACAUUCAUUUUUCAA